AUGGCUUAUGGGAAAUUUCUGUCGAGCGCAUUGAAAGCGGUUCUGCAGAUUCCGGUCGAAAGCCAGUCAAGUUUCGAUCCACAACCCUUCAAUGAGACGAUCCUACUCCCCCCCGAUGUCCCUAUCACGACAGAUGAGCUCGACAAAAAAGCAGUGAAAGUUUUCGAAUUCCUAAACGCGCCGGAAUCCAUUGUGAAGAUCGGAAAUGAUCUGUAUACCUCAGCGAUGGAUGGAAUCUACAAGGUCGAUUGCCUCAGGAAACAUGCUUCCUAUUGCACGCACCUGCCUUACCAUUCUGCUUUCCUCGCUUGGCUCAGAGUCUGUGCGGUUGACACCGUGACCGGAAAAGAACGGAAAAUCUAUGACGGGAACGCCGAUUGUAAGGAAUUCUGUAGUCGACCCCUUGGUAUACGGAUCCACAAGCGAACGAUGUACUGCGCUGACCUGCUGAAAGGCCUCAUCGAGAUCGACCUCGAAACCGAGAAAGCGAAGGUGCUCUUGCCCUUGGGUUCAUCGGUCGGCGGUCUGGAGUUGUUUUUCCCGAACGACGUCGCUGUGGAUCCAGAAAGGCAGCUGAUCUAUCUAUCCGACUCCGACACGAAGCGGAAAUGGGACUAUUACAUGUUCUCCUUGUUGGACUUCCAAAACAAUUCUCGUAUUAUUCAAUUUAAUCUCACAUCUGGAGAAGCAACGAUAUUUGCGGACGGACUUCACUUUGCCAACGGGAUACAAAUCUCGAAUGACAAGAAAUCCCUUCUGGUGAGCGAGUUCACAUCGAGGAGAGUGAUGCGAUUCCCGUUUGGCGGGUCCCUACCAGCGACGGGAUCGUUGUUCAGUGCUUACCUUCCUGGUAACCCGGAUAAUAUACGACCUUCUAAGAAAGGAGGAUAUUGGGUCGCUCUGGUCGGCAGUCGAGCAGAUGGAACAAGGACGUUGGUUGAAGAACUACAAGCAAGGCCAGCAGUCACGAAACGGAUCCUGAACUGGCUCGUUACCGCGGGCACAUUUCUAGAGUCCGUGGGGGUUCUCUCUGGAAACAAAGCAUUACAGCCCACUGCGAACGAGCUGAAGAAUGGGAACAUUCUUGGGAGCUCAAUUCCCGCAUCUGGCGCUAUCGCGGAACUGGACGCUGAGGGGAAGGUCCUACGAGUUCUUCACUCGACGAAGUUCGGUGAUCUUUCCGAGAUCCUCGACGACGAUGGCGAUCUCUAUAUUGGAACUUAUCUUCAUCAAGGCCUCCUCAAGCUACCAGCGACCGCCGCUCACAACUGA